CUUUAGUUGGAGAAGAUUUGACAUGAAUGGCAAUUCUCAGACCCUAUUACCGAGCACACCCAACCACGUGCACCGCGACUGCGCUAGUGAGUGAGACUCCACCACACGCGUCCCACCAACAGCCGACAAGUCGCGUUUUUCGGCAACCUCACUUACCGCGCUUGGAUUGCACGCCACAAUACUCAAUUGCUCAUCGUGAGGUGUGCGAACCACGAGCGCAAGUACACAAUGCCCCCAAAGGCACGUAUAGCGCCCGGUCGCAAGGCAGCGGCAGCUGAGGAAGCGUCUGUUGCAUCACCUCUCAAGCGGAAUCGCGCGUCCAAAGCCGAUGCAGUCGAAGCCGCUGUUGAGCCACCAAAGAAGCGCGGGCGUCCCGCCAAAGCGAAGGCCGAAGAGCCCGUUGUCGAAGACGCGCCGAAGCCCAAGAAACGCGGUCGCCAGCCUAACAUUGCACCUGCGUCUGCGCCUGAGCCUGAGCCUGAGCCUCUUACCGAAGCCCCUGUAGUCAAAAAGGGCAGAGGAAGGCCCAAGAAAGAGGCUGUACCUGCACAAGAAGAGGCACCUGUCAAGAAUCGUGAAGGCCGUCCUCGCAAAGCAGAUGUGACCGCAAACGCGCCGCCGGCUACACCCAAGCGUGGUCGACCAGCGCGCACUGCAGCCCUCGAUCUCGACCGGGUCGCUGGUCCCUCUCGAAUCGGCAAGCGGUCGUCUCCUCGCACAAAGGCCAAGGCUGAGCCUAAUGUUGCCCGCCGUCUUGAUCCACGCAUGCGCUCCAAGCUGCGCACCCGCCUACCUCCAGCCAACAUUGCCAAAUCAGAGCCCGUCACAAAGCCAGCCCCGAAGCCAACCGCCCGAAGAGGACGACCGCCCAAGGAUGUCGCCCCUGUUCCAAAGCCAGCUGCAGUCGCGAAACCUACAAAGCCCGUUAAGUCUCUUGCUCCUCGCAAGAUGCGCGGCCACACUUUGCGCCAGAUCCCAGAUCGAUACGUGGCGCAGGUAGAUCAAUAUCUCCAGGACCUGAUCGAAGCCGACGAGUCGUCUGUCGAAGAAGAGCAGCUAGAAGAGAUAGAGGAGGAACAAGAAGAAGAUGACUUAGUCGUGGAGGAUGGCCAGGACGUCUUGGUUUCUUCAGAACAAGACCGGGAGCAGUAUCAAGACUACAGUGAUGAUGGUGGUGCCGGCAUGGAUGGCCAACAAGACGGUGUUCAAGACGACGAGGACAACCAAGCUGUUGUCGCACAGCAGGACGAAGAGGGCGCCGAGGAACUGCCAGAGGGCGUGGACAAUGACGAGUUACCCGAACAUACCAACGGAAUCCACGUCGUUCCCGAAGACGGUGACCAGAUCGAGAACGCCGAGACGAUGCCCCAGGUCGAGAUGAGCGUACAAGAGGUUGUCGAGAUGGAGCAGGAUGGGGCUGUCAACGUACAUGCUGAAGUGGAUAUAGAAAUGGUGGCUCAUGAGAAUAUUUCUGAGGACGGUACGGAUUUCUUCCAUGGCGCCGAGGAGGACGGCCUUAUCAGUGGUACUCCUGCGCCUCCUGCCGCUGUUAUUUUCAGCUAAGCAGCCUACUUCCGGUUCGGUCUGGAAGUACACAUCUGCGUCCCUUGAUGUUUCGCAUACAGAAGCGGCAUCGUCAUCGCAGUAGCAGGUAGCUUUCACAUAACGGCCAUCCUUCUAGUGCUAUGAUAUCCGGUCGGCGGGAAGCAAUUAGCUCAGUAACAGACUGCGGGUCCUAUACAUGGGGUUAACGUCCAAAAUGGGGAUGUCACCUGAGCGCGUUCAUCCUAUAUACGAAUACCUGAAUUACGAAAAGGAAGUCACGUCUGUUU